AUGCCGCCUAAUCAACUAAUUAAAAAUAAAUCAUCCAACGACCGCACAACUAUACAGGGUGGUUCAAAAGUCUCAUUGCCUUCUAUCAAAAUCGUCAAAACGUCUUCCUCCAAAAAUUCAAACAAUAACGGAUCCGGUUGGACCGUACAAACCAAACAUCCGUCUUCUCCGGGCGGAGCUAUUGAUUUGGCUCCCGAACAUAGGUAA